UAUAGACAGUAUAGACGAAGCAAAGGCGGAAACAAAGGAAGAUGGAUAGAGAAUGGGGUUCGAAGCCUGGGAGCGGUGGCGCCGCCUCAGCCCAAAACGAAGCCAUCGACCGCCGUGAGAGGCUGCGGAGGCUCGCCCUUGAGACCAUCGAUCUUGCCAAAGAUCCAUAUUUCAUGCGCAAUCACCUUGGAAGUUACGAGUGCAAGCUAUGCUUAACACUGCAUAACAAUGAGGGGAAUUACUUGGCGCACACACAGGGGAAAAGGCAUCAGACCAAUUUGGCGAAGAGAGCUGCUCGCGAGGCGAAAGAUGCUCCUGCACAGCCUCAGCCUCAUAAGCGUGCAGUUAAUCUCCGAAAGACAGUUAAAAUUGGGCGCCCUGGUUACAGAGUGACAAAACAAUUUGAUCCAGAAACAAAGCAAAGGUCUUUGCUCUUCCAGAUUGAAUAUCCUGAAAUUGAAGAUCUUACAAAACCAAGACAUCGGUUUAUGUCAUCCUUUGAGCAGAGAGUGCAAUCUUUUGACAAGAAUUAUCAGUUUCUUUUAUUUGCUGCUGAACCAUAUGAAAUCAUCGGAUUUAAGGUUCCCAGUACGGAAAUUGACAAAUCUACCCCUAAGUUCUUCUCUCAUUGGGACCCAGAUUCCAAAAUGUUUACUUUGCAGUUAUAUUUCAAAACAAAGCCACCAGAGACAAAUAAGCCUCAAUCAGGUGGAACAACGAAUGGAACAUCAGCUCCUGGAGUCCCACCACCUCGGCCUCUAGCUCCACCACCACAAGCACCACCACCGCCACCGCCUUCAUCACAAGGAGCUUUGCCACCACCGCCGCCUCCUCCAAUGGGAAAUGGACCACGGCCUAUGCCGCCUGGUGGCAACCUCCCUGCACCACCUCCUCCAUCUUACGGUGGUGGUAUGCAAAACUUCACACCUGGUGGUAGGCCGGGGAUGCCGCCACCACCACCACAAGGUUUUCAAGGGCAUCCACCACCUCCACCACCUCAAUGAGUGUACUUUUUCAGAAUAUCAGUAAUCACAUACUUUAUGCACCCCACCAUGGUUUUUGUUACUUGGUUGCUAUAUUGUAUUUAGGAAACAAAAAAACGAAGGAUUUUUUUUUUUUUUUUUUUUUCUUGUUU